GUGUCGUAAAUAGAUAUUUUAACAAUACAUGAAUGUGAUUCAGUGCUAGUGAUAUUGAUUCGACAAUAAUUCGGAGUACUUAUCAGAAAAACGAUUUUUAUCGGUAUUUUGUGAAGUGUUAAAAGUAGGGUUAAACAUGUUCCGUAUUGCUUGCCGAAAAUCUUUUAAUUCAAGUGAAUUUUUAAAAAAAGGUUUAGUAAUAAAUACUAAACAAACGAGGCAUUUGAAUUUACUUGAGUAUCAAAGUAAAGAACUUCUCAGAGAUUGUGGAGUCUCUGUACAAAAUUUUGCUCUUGUUGAUGAUUUAAAGAAAGCGAAUUCUGCAUUAGAAUCAUUACAUGCUGAUGAAUUUGUUAUAAAAGCUCAAGUAUUAGCUGGUGGUCGUGGAAAAGGAUGGUUUGACAAUGGUUUCAAAGGAGGUGUGCAUCUUAUAAAAGACCGUAAAGCAGUUGUAGAUACUGUAAAAAAUAUGUUAGGUCACCGUCUAAUUACAAAGCAGACUUCAAAAGAUGGUAUCUUGGUACAGAAAAUAAUGAUUGCUGAAUCUGUAAAUAUUGCACGAGAAACAUAUGUUUGCAUUCUUAUGGACAGACAGCAUAAUGGCCCUGUUUUAAUUGCUUCACCAGCAGGUGGCAUGGAUAUUGAAACUGUUGCUGAAAAAAAUCCAGAAUUAAUAAAAACAGUACCACUUGACAUAUAUUAUGGGAUUGACGAUGAUAUUGCUAAAGAUGUUAGCAUUUUUCUGGGCUUUGUGGACCCCGAUAUACAGCAAAAAACAAUAUAUGAAUUAAAAAAUUUAUGGAAACUAUUUGUAGAUAUUGAUGCUUUGCAAGUAGAAAUUAAUCCAUUGGUUGAAACCACUGACAAGCAAGUUGUAGCGGUUGAUGCAAAAAUUGCAUUUGAUGAUAAUGCUCAAUUUCGACAACAGGACUUGUUUGCUUUGGAAGGCAAUGAAGAAAGAGAUCCACGAGAAGUAGAUGCAUCACGAUUUAAUCUGAAUUAUAUUAGAAUGGAUGGCAACAUAGGAUGUUUGGUCAAUGGCGCUGGAUUGGCAAUGGCAACUAUGGACAUAAUUAAACUAAAUGGUGGAUCUCCAGCAAAUUUUUUAGAUGUUGGUGGAAGUGUUAAGGAAGACCAGGUUUUUCAAGCAUUUAGGAUACUCAGUCAAGAUCCAAAAGUAAAAGCAAUUCUUGUAAAUGUAUUUGGUGGCAUUGUAAACUGUGCCACAAUAGCCAAAGGAAUUAUUUCAGCAUUUCGUAAUUUUCAACUUAAAAUUCCCCUUAUUGUCCGAUUAGAAGGUACAAAUGUAAACGAGGCAAAGAAACUUCUUGCAGAAAGUGGUUUACCAAUUAUUGCAGCAAAUGACUUGGAUGAAGCAGCAAGGAAAGCAGUUACUUCUGUAAAACUUUAAAUUUCUUAAUUUUCUUUACUAUUAUUUGUUUCUUACUAAGAAUAAGACUGGGAAUAUACAAAUACAUAUAAUGAAAGAACUACAAGCAAAAAGAAGUUAUAAAGUGGAGAUAUUAGACUAUUUUUCUAUUCCUUUUCGAGAUUAACUUUGUUUUUCAAGACUUAUUAUUUCUUACAAUAGAUAUUCUUUUUCAAUUAAAGCAAAUUUUUAUGAGAAUAGAUUAUACUAUAACAGUAGUUUGUUAUGAUUUCAAUGGAUAAAUACUCUACUAUACUGUUCUUGCUGAUUUGAAAUUGUAUUGUUCUGUCAAGCUUAGCUGAAAGAUUUAGCACACAUGGCCAGACAAAAAUUAAGAUUAUAAAAGUUCUUUUUAUCUUUAUGUUUCUCCUUUGUUUGUAUAUCAUUUCUUUGCAUUAUCAGAAUAUUGGCCUAUAAGAUUUUGACAAUAAUAUUUAUAUCCACUGUACAGAAACUGAAUUCACAUUCAUUAUUAUUUAACAAAGGUUUCUUAUGUGAAGCAAGAUGAUUACAAAAUAGUCAAAGUUCAGUCACUUGAUUGCUGAAGCAUUAUUCAACCAUCAUCAUUUUUGUUUUCCUCCAUGAAAAGUUUGAUGUUCUUAUCCGGUUGUGUUUGGUAGAUUUAUACUAUUUUGGAACUCUUGGGUAUCUCGAUUAAAUUUUUAUACUAGUUAAAAUACUCGUACCUAUUUUGUAUAGUAUACUUUACAUAUACUUCAAAUACAAUCAAAAUGAAGAGUUCGCAACAUUUUAUAAUAUUUUGUAAUAUAGAAACACAUUAAUUAACAUUUUCGGGACGUCCGUGGUCAUUUGGCAACACUUCUGAUAAGAGUUAGACUUAAAGCCUUCAUAAAAUGUUAUGCACAAAGUUUAAAAAGAUGUUGCGUUUCGGAACCGACCUUGAAAACUAGAAAUAUAAGAAAAAACACCACGACAGAAAUCGAUAUCAAUUCUGAGAACUUCAUUUACGACUUACUUUAUCUCGAAAUUUAGGCCACGCUGUUAGUUCGUCCGAAUGUGUUAAACAUACUUUUAUGAUCAUUGAACAUCUAAAUUUUAAGUGUUAUCUACACAAUUUGUGUUUUAUUAAUUACGUGUACACUGUUAAAAAUUUUAAUUUAACUUUACAAAGCAACUCGAACUGAUAGAUUAUAUACUUUUUUAAUAAAUAUUACUUGUGUAUAAAGAGGGAAUAAAAAAUUUUGUAUGUGUAUAUUAUAUUUACGAUAUUUAUGUAGGAAUGGGAGUUUAAUUCUAUUACAAACAAAUCCUUUUCAGAUUAAUCAUGGCUCAGAGAUUAAAUUAUUAACACGUAGAAAAACACAUUAAUUAACACGUAGAAUAUGUUUAUUUCCCUCGUAAAAAAGAAUUGAUCUGAGCAGGGUAAUAAAGUCAAUGUUUUGAACUGCCUAAAGAGAAACUUCUAUAGCAUUAUAAGCUUUUUAUUAUGACGACGAAUAUUGUAUAUUAUAAUGUAAAAAAUUGUCCUUGAAUUUUAAAAUCAGUCAUUUUAGCGGGAAUUUUUUAAUAUAUCUGCAUCGAAGAUGUACAAUUGCCUGUAAAAACUGUGAUAAAUAAUUUUAUUACACUUUC